ACAGGGGUGCAGAGGGACGUCGUGUUGCACAUCCAUCCCGAAAGGAUAAUGGCUCUUCCAGACUGGGAAGACGCGUACAACCACUGAUCCAUGGACGAGUUCCUCGUUGAUACCAUCGCGUCGGCUAUGAUCGACUGCUACGAAUGUAAAGACAUGAGAUACACAAAGCCCACUUUCGUUCUCGCUCCGAUCGUCGCGCCUCUAGAGAACGGCGAGCCUGUUGUGCGCGUGCUGCCUGCUGACUUCGACAACUCACAGCCGGAGAAAUACUGGUAUUAUCCUGUGUGUGGACAGCAUAACGCGAGGGUGGCGAUGAAGGUGAAAGACCAACCCGUGUUUGAGUACUACAACUUCUGUAAAUGGCCGUUCAGACCGAUCUACUUCCCAGACGACGAGUUCGACGGGUACGCCCAUGUCAGCUGCGAAGACAACAUGAAAGACAAGAAGAAUCCACCGUGCUUGCCGGUUUUGUCUAUGCGGGACAUUCGCAAUAUCUGGGAAAUUAAGGGCAAACCACGUAUGGUGCUCGGCAAUGCGUCGAAGAAAAAGGACAAGGUGCGAAAGUGGGUGCAGUUCAUGGCGUUGGCUAUGAAGAAGACACCGUACACGCCUUUGUGGAACCUGUCAACGGAAGAAAAGAAAAGAAAGGAAUGGGCUGAGAAACUUCGAUACUACCUCCCGCUGACCAUGGCAGAUGACUCCGUCUUUGCUUUGGGGGAGAAGUUGUAUGAGGAGUGGUCGAAAGGGAAACUCCUUGCUUCCGACUGCCAGCGUUGGACUGAAAAGCCACCCACCCAUGAGGAGGUGGCCAAGCCAGGACUCUCCACUGUGACUGACAGCCAGGGGCUGAAGAAACACGUCUGGUACGUGAAGGUGGACGACCCGUCAAUGAAAAAGGGAACGGGGAAGCCAAAGAAAGGCGCGGAGGAGAAAACUUUCUACGUCCAAGUUCCUGAGCCGGAUGUCCACUCCUGGAAGGAAUUGGUGGACUUGACAGACCGCGAGAAGAAAAGGCUGUUGAACGGCGUCUUGAACCUUAACGUCGUGUGGGUUCAAACGAGUAGCAAGAAGUUGGCGGAGCAGGGGAAGUUCAUUGUCAAGGAGAUGAUCGACAUAAUAAAAAUGGACCGGAUUAUGCUGAGGCUGUGGCACUACGUGGAGUUCGAGUACGAGGAAAUGGAUAAGCGGGAGUGGAAUGCCAACUCCACGUUCUUCAGGUCCAAGAAGCAACUGUUGGAAGAGUUCAAGGACAAAGGUCUCGACGACAAGCUUUGGAACGAGAGCAGGAAAUUUUUCACGGACACCACGUACAUCAACAAGUGCCCUCAUUUUCUCGGGUGUCAGCACGACAACAAUAUCAAGAGAACGGCGGCCCUCGUCAAUGACCAGCAUUUCCCGGCGGAGUGGAAGCGUGUCGUCCUUUCGGUGAUCACUGGAGAUCGCGCCAAAGGCAAAAAAAAAACUCAGGGCGUUGAUGAAUGCAUCAACAUUAUGUGGACGAGGACAAGCGCCUUGACGACGCUGGCCCAAUUUAACAUCGACCCAUUGAGUGCCAUAGAUCAUAAGGAGGCGCUAGGAAAACUAGGGCAUCAGCUACACUCCCACACUUGCGUGCUCGACUUGUGUGGAACUGUGGACCGUGCGCAAUGGGACCCUGGGGCAUUCGCGUCUCUGAGUAAGUUGUUGGGCUUCGUUUGUCAGGACUACUGGACAUUGGUGGUAUUCGUUCCCUGCCCGUGGAACCUCUCCUUCAUGACAUCUUUGUCUGCGUUUGGGGCUACCCGAUGCUACACGGGGAAGUGGGUUCGGAAGACGGCAUCGAAGAAGACGCAUCAGUUCGGAAACAGCGUCUGGGAGGAGUCGGAUGUGAUGCACAUCCUUUUCGAGGAUCCUCGGCUACUGACUCACCCGGUGUAUGAGGGAUCUGUUGCUGAAGACGACGACGCCGCUCUCCGGAGGAAACAGAAAGUGACACCCACGGAUGUGGAGGAGAAGUCUUUCAAGUCCUUGACUUUUGCGGACAUCGGAAACCUCACCCAGAAGGGGGCUCUGUACAAGGACGGCGAGCGGAAUCCGAAUCAGUUAUGCAAUCAGCUUCUUUUCUUCUGUGGUGUGGCGGAUGCCGUGCUGUUCUUGGGCAAGCCGCACGCGCAGGUGGUAUGGAGUCUGCUUCAGCAGAGAAGGCAAGUCUUGGCCAUGGAUGGGGACACAACGCAGCUCGAAUACACCGUGCAAUAUAUCACCCAUGAAGUGUUGUCCGAGGCUUACCCAUGCGAUUUUCACCAUGUCGUGGUCGAGCCCGUUUAUGACCCGAACAAGGACAUGUUCUUCAAGUUGACUCCGAAGAAAAGACGCCAGGUCUACUCCUUCCUUUACGACAAACAACCAAAUUUGACCCGCAACCAUUUCCAGCCAGUCCUUCUCGACGGCGACUGGGCAGUGGCUGUGAGGGACGUAAGUGGAGGGUGGAUAUAUGACGAUCGUUGGGACCUCGAUACAUUCAAAUCUCGCGCCUACGAUGCUGUAUUGGAGAGAUUAAGUAAGGUCAAUCGACGAAGUAAGGACGACCCUGCUCUGCGCGCAUACGGGGAAACGUUGUUCGAUUUAUUGCAGUCAAAUAAUUGGCUGGAAGUAUCCUCCGCGUUCUACGCCCUUGCGUCAAGCCCGUCAAAUAACCAAGUGAGUUGGGAGUUGCCUGCGGUCACCCCGCCGGCAGGAGUUGUGAAGCGCAAGUCUCGCGGAAAGGACGACGAAGGGGAUGGUGAAGGCGGCUGGCAACGAGGUACCGGAGGUGGAAGUGAACAGCAUUCAACGAAACAGCGGUCUCUGGGGCACGCAGGCGGCGGAGAGGGGAAAAAGGGCAGCCGGGAGAAGAAAAAGCCUCGUAGCGGAGAGAAGACAAAGCAUCACACAGGAGACGGGCAGGGGUCCGAUGUCGACCGCGACGAGGACGGUGGGGUUCUGGCGGUGACAGGCAGCACCUCAAUGCAGACGGGGAACGAUUUCAGGCCUGGGUGGAUUACGCGGCCUGGUGAGCAGGACCCUGUGAUUAGCUCCACCAGCGCAACACAGUAUACCGAUGCUGUUGGCAGGGCAGUUGUAGCAAAGAAUGGAACUUGCUUCGCUCAGCUCCAAAAACGGUUGGCGGAUUAUUUCGGAUCUAUCCGAACCUCGGAGACGACAUUGUCGUUUGGAACUCAGUGCCUUCCGGGAAGCGAGACGACAACAUACCAGGGAUCCGGCAGCGACAAGUUCCAACCAUGUUCGGUUUCGCCUCAAAAGGAAGUUCGGAUUCAUCCGAACCGGGAAGCCAGUACCGUUGAGAGAGCACAGCGGUCUGCAGAACUCGAACGGGUGGUCCGGGUCUCCGAAAACCCUGGCGGCGAAAUUCGGAUUCAUCCGAACCAGGAGGACGUGUCCGCCAUGACAGACGACCGAUGUCAGGACGCCGUAAUGAUGUGCACGGAAGUCCACAAGGAGCUGCAGGCAGACUGUCCAACUGAGGGUGAGUUAUCGACCAGUUUCAAUGUCGAGCCCCACACACUCGGAGCCGAAUGCCUAGUGACAGUACGCGCUGAGUUAGCAGUCUUAAGCGACUCUCCGAUGAAAGCGGACACGUCGUCGUCAUUGGAAACUGCGGGGGCUCGGAUGAAUCCGAACCAGGGCCCUGUGAGCAUGUCCCUCCCUGAUGCAGGUUUGCAGACGACCGUAAUUCGGAUUCAUCUGAGACAUACAGACGAAGGACUUGACGGUUGUCGACUUCUGACAACUUUGGACAAGGACAAUUCCGCCGACGACCGGAUUGAUCCGACACUCGGCGACGUGGGGAUGGAGCAACCAAUUCAGCCGGCAUACGACGACCUCUUGUACUCCGGCCUUCACGACGAGGCGAUAGGAGAGGACGUUCUGAAGAAGUCCUCUGACGCUGUUGGAGAUAGAUUUCUCUAUUUGAGUGACGACGAUAAAGACACAGCGUACGAGGACAAGAAGUUAAGGGGGGGAGAGGUGUUGUUGGACAUCCAUGGGACCUUGAGGACAACACAAUACGACACAGUGGCGAUGGAGGAAACCCAACCUGUCAAUGUUGUGGACGUCGACGCUCUUUGUCCGGAGACGGACAGACUAAAAUUGCGCGUCGCUGACGUGGAGGAUUUUCGCCAUCGGGAUGGGGAUGAAUUCAUGCCGUCUCCGGUCAUCGACGCCGACAUCUCGAACCUGUCAAGUUUCCCUGUGAGUUUGGAGCACGUCGUCGCCGCGUCGACGCGCACGGGGGCGCCAAUCGUGCUGGGACUGCCAUCGGUGGGCUCUGGUGACGUGGAAGCUAAGCCUGGUAAGCACUGUCUUCCUCUGCUUGCUUCCCGCUCGUCAGCCCGUUCGUGACGUGUUGUUUGCUUCGUCGAUUUCAGGGAGGUGUGUAGGCGGCCGCCAACUGGAUUGUGACAAUGUGCUUCGUGAGGUGCUGUUUGUUU